AUAAUUACAUUAUUUUUUAAUAUGCAAUAAUAUAUAGAAACAGCUUAGAAAGUCAUUCCUAAAAAUCUAACUACUUAUUUCAAUACAGUUGUAGGAGCUAUUAACAUUUUCUAAACCAUGUCUAAUAAAUUUUAUCCUGAAUAUUUGGAAGUGUAAAAUGCAAAAAAUUUUUAAAUUGAUGAUCCAACUGUUUAUUCAUCUAUUUAUUAAGGGGAUCCUCAAUUAGAAAACAAUAAAAGAAAAUCUCUUAUUUUAAAGUAUGAGUUUUUAUUUAAUAGAUUAUCUUAGAGCAGAACAUUACAAAAUCAUAAAUUAAUUUUUAGAAAAAUAUAAUUUUGAUAAACAAUUCAAUUCAUAAUUGAUUGGGUAACACUUUUUUAAUGAAUAUACGGGAUGUUGCCAAAUUGACUUAUAAAUAAUUAUGACUGAUAUUUCUGGAUUAUUUUAUGAAUAAUCUGGAUUUAUUGAUAAAAUUAAAUGGCUCAACCAAACUAUAGAUGAAGUUUCACUUAUUCUCCUUGAAUACAUUAAAGGAAAAUUUUAGACGGAAUAUAUUUUUGAUGAAUUUAUCAUCUCUUUUGCUGAAAUUUAAAAUUUUAUUUAUAAAAAAGUAAAUAAAAGGGCAAAAUCAACACAAAAAGAUACAUAUAUCAAAUUAAAAUAAAAAUUAAAAUAAUAUUUUAAAGAAUUGCAUGACACUGAUGUUUAACUUCAAAUAAUAUGUGAUUAAAUUAAUUAAAAAAAUGUUCAACUCUUGGAUACAAUGACUUUAAUAGAAAACCAUUACUAAAUUCAUAUGAUUUGCUUUUAAGAAUAUAUUGCUCAAAACUAUAAUUUCACUUUAUCAAAUACAAUCAUGUAUAAAAUUAUUAAUAAUUUAGACAUAAAUAUUUUUAAAAACUUAGAAGAAAUUUUGUGUCAAAAGUUUAAGAAAGUUUUGUUCCUUACUUAAAUUUCAAUGAUUAAGAUACUUAUAAUAAGUAUCAAAUGCAAAUAUAAUUUUACUUUUAACAAUUUAUUUAGAAUCAAGAAUUUUCUUAAGGUAUUACAAUUCCAGAAAUAAAUACUAACUUAUAGUAUUUAAUAUACUCUAUUGAUUGGAUAUAAUCUAGUGUUGAAGCUGAUUAAGCUCUGGUAUUUUUGGAAAUAUUAUCCUAAUUUAACAUUAAUAUAAGUUAAUCUGUUAGCCAAAUCUUUUCUAAAUAAUAGUUCUCUGUCAAUGUUCUUGUAAAUUUUAAAUAACAUAACAAGUAAAGAUGUCUAAAAGCUCAACAAUGGUGGAACCAAUAAAUAGAUGAAGAAACUAACUUAUUAGUGAUUUGUUAAAUCUAUAUAAUUUUUGCAGGAUUAAAAUUUUAAAAUGGCAAAUUAAUCUUUGGAGAUUAUGAACCUGCUAAAAGAAAUGCUUUAUUCUUAAUACUUAGAUAACUUAAUAACGGAAAAUAUCAGUAUUUUAAUAAUAUUUUAAUGAAAUUAUGUGAAUAAGUAACCCAUAAUAUUUAAUUUUAAAUUUUAAAUUAAAUGAAAAAUAGAUUGUAAAACAAAUAAUAAGAUUAAUAAGAUAAUUCUAUGUAAUAACCUUUUUCCAUUGAAUUAGCUGGUACAAAAGUUUCAGUUUUAUUAUUCGGUUUGGGUUUAAAUUAAUCUUAAAUUAAUUUAGAAUUUUACAAAAAAAACGAAAAUUUACUCAUGAUCAUUACUCCAGAGAAUGGAAAUACAAUGAAUUAAAUAAAGGAUGUUUAAUUUGCAUCAUUUUAGAAAAAUUUUGAUGAAAUAAAGUUAAAAAUAAUUGAAAAUUAGAAGAAAAAGAAGAAUGCAAAUAAUAUUCCCUUAACAGUGAUGCCACCAAGUUAAAUGUACUUUUAAUUACUUUCAAAUAAAGAUCAUAAUUCUAAUGUCAUAACUUUAUGUAUUUCAGGAUUUUUAAGUGGAGAUAAUGAUAAAUUAUAUUAAUGGGGUGAUUUAUUGCAUUCCUGUUCAGGCACAGUUUUGGGCUUGCAUUGGAAUUGUAGUGAAACUAAGUAAUUUGUUACAACAGUAGCUGAGAAUUUGAUACCACAAUUAUUUAGUAAGAUAAAUAUUUUUGGAGUCGCUAUAACUGCUGUUGGGUUAUUAGCAUAAAAUCCUUAUGAGAAAGCACAUAAGGAAGCUGAGAGGGUUGGAAAGUACUUAGCAUAUUUAAUUGCUGAUUAUUAGUUAUUUGGAAAUAGAUAAAUUAAUUUAAUUUGUCAUUCAUUAGGAAGUAUAAUCGUUUUGGAGUGCAUAAAAGAAUUAGAUAAACUAUAUGAAAAUUAGAAAAAAUAAUUUAUUAAUGAAGUAUUGAUAAUGGGAGGGGUUGCUGAUGUUUAUAAAUUAUAAAAAAGAAGAUGGAAUGCAGUUGCAGGAAGAAUUUAUAAUAUAUAUUCAAAAAAAGAUCAGAUAUUGAAUUUUGUAUUAACAGCAGCAAAAGUCUUUGAUUCUCCUUGUGGUAUAUAUUUUAAAUUUAAAAUAUAUAGGAUUAAAGCCAAUUUAUUUAGGAUAUAAGUAAGUCAUAAAUUGUGAUUUUACUUAAAUUGUUAAUGGUCAUUCUGAUUAUUGGAAUAGGAUGAUUAGAAUAUUAAUGUAAUCUGAUUUCAACAAUGACUUUAAGUUCAUGACUAGGUCAAUAAAGGAAAUUUUUUGAAUAUUAUU